UUCGCCGCUAACCGUAUCUGGGCUGUCCAGCUUGGCCACACGUAUCUCUCCUAUUGCUUCACCUCCAUCGAUAUUUUCCAAGAGAAGUCCAUUUCUUCCAGACAUCCGGCUUGCUUCACCGGCUUGUAUUCUCUGCUUCAUUAUCGAAACGGCUGCCGACCGCCUUUGGCUCGUUCCGGCCCGGAAGGGAAGCUGAGCUCCAUACCGAAACUUCACCUACCUCACACACCUCAGUCAUCCACGCUUUGACAAACAUCGUACGAGGAGAGCUUGGUGGUUAUCGUGGCGAAACUCAGUCCUUGAUAAGAGAUUCGAGCAUUGUUAUGGCAGAGCAGAGCAGCCACGAUGUGGUAAACCAAACCCGGUCGGGCGGCGAGAUAUCGCCUUCCGACGUUCCUGCAAACAAACCCGACAAUAUCAAUGCUGGAGAGGACGCGGGGGGGUUUAAACAACAGAAUUCAAACAAUGACAACGAUAGCAACGACAACAACAACGAUAGCAAAUCUGAACAGCGAGCCGACCCAAAGACACAGGAGAGAGCGCAUGACACCCCUGAAACCAGAAACGAUGGAAAACCAGCAAUCAAUGGACUUGGGGAAACAUCGCAUACCGGUGAUGAUAGACUGUCUCCGCUUCAGCUUGGUGACGCCAGUGGAGGAUCCGACACAGAUACCAGUAGAACGGAUCUCCGAUCAUCAGCGGACCGGAGCCAACAUAUACGCACUAACUCCGUUAAGAGAACGUCCGUAUUCAAACCAGUCUCCUACGCCAAGUUUUCCGUUACGAAAUCACCAGGGCCCCUGCAGACAUCCAAAGCAAGUGCGGACAAGACGUCGUUUGCAUCUGCAUCUUCAACUCCAUCAGUUUCACAACCUGCAAAACCUCGAUUGGUGGCGAAGUCGACAGGUGGGCUGCGAGACUCGACACCGAAGUUGACGGGUAUUGGUAGUAAAAGUGGCAAUGGUGGUCCUGAUCCAAAUCAGGUCUGGAACAAAAACAGACCUGUCCAACCACCAACCAAACACCUAACAGAUGAGGAGCUGAAAAAGCAAUAUGGAAUACACAUGACCUCCAGGAUUCAGGAAGAUGGGAACGGAACGGAAGCUAAGUGGGCAGAUAUCGAUGAUGACGAGGACGAUUGGGCUCCUGAAGUAAUAGAAUGGAAUGACGGCACGAAGAUUAAACUCACUCAAACAGAAAAUGUUCCGCUCCCUGGAGAGAAAGAGAAAGAUACAACGAAGGACAGAAAGCCGUCUCCUCCCUCGCUCGAAAGCAGAUCCAAGCUCUUACUUUCUAAAACUAGUUCUGCGGGCCCAAAUGCGACUGUACUGAAACUUGGAGCAGGCGCUGAUAAACAACACAGAUCAGGGGAGACAAAGGGACACAACGAGAAACCGACCCUUACUUCCAGAGCUCAGUCUGCAGCUCACAGAUCUCCUUGGGCUCCUCUACCUCCAAUUGACAAAGUUCCCCCUGUGACCAUCAACCCACCUCUACCUGGUCCCCCAACCCGCUUUUCACAACGUGACCCUCAUGGCCACGCCCCUGGGCCAGCAACCUCAGGUCCAGCAAAGGAAAUUGCGGCAGAUGAUUUUAAUCGGUCAUGGAGAGAUACUCAUUCUAGUGCCCCUCGUGAACUUUAUAACUCGCAAUCUGGCCGGUAUGAGCCUGUUCUGGAUACUCGACGAGGCCCAGCUCGAAUCGAAGCAAAUUUCAGGCCACCUUCGCUCCUACAGCGGCCCACCCACGAACAACCAAACCUCGCAGAACCCUCCCCAACAUUCCAGUCUCGUGGAUCAGCUGCUGAUGGUGCUUCUUGGGGAAGGAGACGUACAUCUUCCAAUGUUAGCGGAGGAAGUGGCGCAUUUGGUCGCCGGAUGUCGCUCGGAAAAACUCCCGUUAAUGGGGUCAAUGAACGGCCAUCAUCGCCUCUCCCCCACCAGAGAGGACCAUACCCCUCUCGUGGCAUUUCGCCAUCCCAACCCUCCACUCGCCAAAACCGCGCAGGGCCUCCAUCCACUCACUAUGCGCCUCCCGGGUUUCAUGGUGGUGCCCCUCAACAAUCGGGUCCGCCAGUAACAGACGAGACAGCACAACAGCAGGUACCGUUCGAGGAUCCGAUUGCAAUGCAACAACGCAUCAUGCGCGAAAAGAGGGAACUUGCAAGACAGCGCCGUAAGGAAGAGGAAGAAAGGGAAGAGGCAGCAAAACAAGAAAGAAUUAGAUUGAAACUUCAAGCUAUGGGAGUGCCCCCUGAAAAACCAUCGGAAAAGACUCCCGAGAAGCAUUCCGACCGCCCGUCGGAAAAGCCAGCCGUCGAGGAAUCAUCUGCGCCGUCUGAAUUAUCAAAGCAAGCGGCAGGAGGAACUGGUUAUUCACCCCCUAAGCCUCCUCCUGUUCCUGAACCUUCCGGGGAGCCAAAACAAUAUGGAAUGAUGAAAGUACACCAUCCAGCAUCCGCUAAAAAAUUAGUAGCAGCGAGCGAAAGAGGUCCAGACCGGUCAUUCGCAAACAACCAACCCCGCCAACCGCCAUCCCCCUCCCGAGAUUCUAAAUUAGAAUCUGCCAGGUCUCUCCCAACAAAUGUCAAUGGAGUACGUCCUUCCACGGAGUCUUCUCCAACAGAAUCACGUCACGAGUCCAUUCUAGAUGAAAAGCCGCCGCAGUGGAAAGGACCCCUUGCGGGAACAGCAACCUACACUUCGUGGUCUGGCCAGAACCUUAGUUCUCAUCCCCCUCCGACUUCGUCAUUGUGGGGCCCACUAAGCAAUGAUAAGGCACUGGGAAAUGGCACUUUCGAUAGGAAUUUGACUGGAUUUCCUUCCCGAGAUUUACCACUCACGAUUGGGCUACCGCCCACAGCAGAUCGACUUGGAAGUACCGAAAGGCCGCAGCCCAUGGUAGAUAACGGCCGUCCGUUAUCGCCACUAGCAUCCCCCCAAGAACGACCUUCUCGACUUGCCAUCAACGAGCCUCUUAAGCCAAUUGCUCGACCAACACCUAUAGGGCCCCCAAGCUCCCAUACACAACCACAACGGUGGCAAAAUGACCAAGUCUCCCGUCGAUCACAGGACGCAGCUGGCUGGAAUGAUUUCCAUACUGUUGCAGCGAAAGCAGAACUGGACGGGGGUGAGAACUUUCAUCGAGAAUUUGCAGCCUUGCGUGAUGAAGAAACGCGGAGCGGCCUUAGCCCUGCCUCCCUUCAAGUUUCAUUUAAUGAAACAUGGCGGCAAGUCGAGAAUGAUCCAACUGGUCAGCGCCACGGGACUACCAGAACGAAUGAUCGGGGAGCAUCACUUCCACCGUUGCAUGGAUUCCCGCCAGCAGUUCCUCCAUUGCCUUUCUCCGAUGUGUCUACGAAGACCCUCCCGAAUGCUACCGGAAGAGAAUCGAGAUUUUUCCCUCCCGGUGGGGACCAGCUUAGAAGGCCGGCAAAUAUCCCUAACAUAUAUCCCCAAAGCCCUUCACCGCCUCCACCAGACGAUAUUUCCAGCCACCCAGUUUUUACUGGAGAUUCUAAUCGGCCGUUGGUCCACUUGCCAACCCCGAAACCUCGUGUGAAACUCCCUCCGCGGCAAACCUCACCACCACCUCCGCCCGCCACGUUCGCUUCCAUGGCUGCGGCUCCGGCAGUCCGUCCCCCUCCUCAACUCAUUGCGAACACCACGUCAUGGCAAGACAGAUUUAAUGGGUUGUUUGGUAAAAAGCCUUCACCGGGUAAGACUUACGCUCUUGCCGUUACCUCCGCUACCAAGGAGCCUCUUGAAGUUCAGCCAUCCACAUCUCCCGCGUCCGUAUCCUUUCCACAAUAUGACGAGAUGGAACUUCUCCGCGAUGCCGGUAGAGCUACGUCUAAGGAUGUUGAGGAUGAGGAGGCUAUUUUUGAAGACCGGGAAGCAGGCUCGACUCCAGUUGUGAAAUUGCCAAUCAUAGCUCCCAAGGCUGCGUGGCUACCAGCUCUCCCACCACCACAUUCCCGCUUGCGCCCUAAAUAUCAGAAGCCUGUCCAGCCCUUGAGCAUUGAGCCGUAUAUUGCGGGUUUUUUUGACGAUGACAAUACAUCAGUUAUCAUUCAUUUACCCGGUGGGGAUGCAGCCAAGACACUCAUGUUGCCAAAGAAGGGAGGCAACACGCCUCCCCGCCCGAGGGGUCCUUCAACCUUCAAACAGCGGAAAAAUGCGAAGCCUAGAGACGGAUCUGGCAACUAUAGCCAUUCCCACGCAUCAAGAAAACAUCCACACUCUUCUACACAGCGAGCGGCCCAAAGCAGUGGCAGCUGGGCCAACCGUGCGUCUAACACCGCCCAUUAGUCUAUUCGAAUGCGAAUUUUAGGAAUUUGGCAUCAUAUUGCGUGGCAUGUUCUAGGUUGCAUUGGCUAAUGACCUGCAUCGCUACCUUUGCAAGUGUUGAGCUGAGAGCACUCUACUUUUUCGGGAGGUACCUGGGGCCACUAUUUACCUGUACCCUUUUUUCUUUUUCUUUUUCUUUUUUUUUCUUUUUUUUCUUUUUUUUCUUUUUUUUUUUUUUUUAAGCUCUUUUUCGUUAUGUUUUAUUCUAAUCCUACGCUUAUACUCGCUGUACCUGCUCUCUUUCCAUUUUCUCUUCGCUCGAUUAACCCUUUACAUCUCACCAUUUAUCCCCAUCAAACUCUACGCCCCACCUCCCACGAAACUUAAACACCAUCCACAUUAAGGGUGCUCUUCAUACUGAGAGGUGCGAAAUUUACCUUAAAGGAACGAAGAUGAGCUAGUUUUUUUCAUACUUUUUAUGUGCACCUCUUACCAUCCAGAGACAGCGCCUUAAAUCCCGUGCAAACAAAGGUGACGAAAAUGAUUCCUAGCAUUAUAAAGGCCUGUACAUUAUUCCCUUUAUUUUUAUCAAAAUUAACCAACGUCUUGUUACCAUAUAGUGUGAAGAUUAUUUUCUUUUGUUAAAUUAAAUGCUGAUGAAGCUGUAUUCAAAGCUCGCGAUUUUGAAUAUAAUACCAUGAUGUUUAGCAGUCGUAGAGGCUCAAGCUGCGUCGGCGGGUGGAGUUUGAUUACGCAGGUCAGGCAUUGACCCUGACGGGGGGUGUUGUGGUGAAGGCAGUCUGGGAACGACGACUGUAGCCAUGAUUUCGUUUCCCUUUGGGUCUGGAAUUAUUGCACACGUUGAACAGCAGACUUGGUGUAUUUCCCACUACCAUUAAGGUAGGUAUCACGACUCUUCGCAGACGGACCAAAUGGUCGCAUCGCAUGCUGUCACAGAGAUCUUGAUGGCAAUGUAUAUAUAUAUAUCUUCAAGCCCUGUUCGAAAAGCACGUUACUACUUAUGCCGUUCUAAAUACUGUCUCAUUGCUUGCUUGUUACGUAGCUUUCUAUACCGAACGUGGUAAUUGCAUGUUGAUUAGUAGGAUACAUGCAGAGAAGGUAGCCCCAAUAUAUAAAUGCUGGGGCUAGUAAAGGACAUGAAAAAGAAGUGAAACGCCGUGAAUGCAAGCAAGGACUGGAAAGAAAUAAGUCACCGAGAAAAAAACCACCUUCUGAAGCACACCAAACGCCUCGCUGAGUCAAACCAUGAAACGCUCAAAAUCAAACAAAUAAACUCGCACCUAAAACAAAACCAGAAAAGGUAAAAGCCGUCCGUCGGGCUGUAGGGGGAAACCCUGCCCACCUAUAUAGAAACAGGAAAGGCGGAAGGCAAAGAAAAAGGAGAAAAGCGAGGAAGCGCCUCUACCAAUUCCACGUCCGACUUGACGCAGUAAAGACAGGGGGUUUCCACUGUAACCUGGCGGGAUCGAUCUUGCGGGCGCCUUUGAUUUUUUCUUUCUCCAGCCGUUUUUUGUGUUGUUCGAUCACGGCAUCGGUGAGGACGAUGAUCC